AUGGCUAGCGAGUACGUUGGCGGCGAUGAGUGGGAUGCCGUUAUGUGGGUUGCCAUAUCGUACCCAACAGUCUGGGACGACGGAGGCUGCGCAGGCAGCAUAGCCUGCGACUGCAGCCAAAACAGCGACAUGAGGCCCUCCUGCAAGAACGAGAUUGGCCUGUGGUUGGAUGAAGCCUUCAACAUGCCUGCAUGUCGCAGCAACAGUAACGGUGUGAUUGCAAAGAUGCACACUUUGCACACAAGCAGCAGGUCUACGAUGCCUGGAGGCUGCCCAGUUACAUCGGUAGGCAGACGCGCGGGUGGCACAGCGGGGGUGGCUGAAAAGGCUGAAGGGUCCCCGGGGCACAUGCGCUGGUCAACCGGCUCGGUCGAAAACGGCCCACAAGCGCGCCGCGGCUAUCACCUAUGUGCAGGACAUCUGGCGGCCGGAGUCGGGGACCACCAGACCACAAACAUCGGGCAGCGAGGCGGACCGCGGCAACGGGUUUGGCGGCCGUGGCUGAGGCCGCCACUCGAGAGCACCCGGUCUUGGGCCCCCGACGCCGCCAGCCACCUAGGCAGGAGCGGCCGGGUGGGUGGUGCGUGGCUGGGCAGUGGGUGCGGCCGCGCAGAGCGGUCGCAGAAGGGCUGUGGCCAGCGUCCAUUGCCCGGGAUGGUGCACUGCAGGGGAUGGAUGGAGAAGUGGGCUCGCAGCACGGCCGGGCCAAGCACGGCCGCUCCAGGAACCAACAGGCGCCCCUUUGCCAGAUGCCGCGAUGCGACCGCUCGCGAAAGCUAGACAUGCUAGGAAUGCCAGGCCCGAGG